AUGGAGCGCUGGACCGGGCGCGUCGCACUGGUCACCGGUGCUUCCGUGGGCAUUGGCGCGGCCGUGGCGCGGGCGCUGGUGCAGCACGGCAUGAAGGUGGUGGGCUGCGCACGCAGCGUCGAUAAGAUCGAGAAGUUGGCAGCUGAAUGCCAGAGUGCUGGCUACCCAGGGACCCUCAUCCCCUACAAGUGUGACCUCUCCAAUGAAGAGGAGAUCCUGUCCAUGUUCUCCGCCAUCAAGACCCUUCACCAAGGAGUUGAUGUCUGCAUCAACAAUGCGGGGCUGGCCCGCCCAGAGCCCCUGCUUUCAGGGAAGACAGAGGGCUGGAGGAUGAUGAUAGACGUCAAUGUGAUGGCUGUGAGCAUCUGCACCCGAGAAGCCUACCAGUCCAUGAAAGAGAGAAACAUUGAUGAUGGGCAUAUUAUUAACAUUAACAGCAUGAAUGGCCACAGUGUUGUGCCACAGUCGGUGGUGCACUUUUACAGUGCCACCAAGUAUGCGGUGACAGCCCUCACGGAGGGGCUGAGACAAGAACUCAGAGAAGCAAAGACUCACAUAAGAGCUACAUGUAUAUCUCCAGGACUGGUGGAAACAGGAUUUGCUUUUAAACUUCAUGAUAACGACCCUGAGAGAGCUGCUGCAACCUAUGAGAGCAUUCGGUGUCUCAAAGCUGAAGACAUGGCUAAUGCUGUCAUAUACGUCCUCAGUGCCCCACCUCAUGUACAGAUUGGAGAUAUACAGAUGAGGCCCACGGAGCAGAUAUCCUAG